GGUCCAGGCCCGCACCUUCCUUUCACUUUUUUCGUUUCUCUUCUGCUUUGUUUACCUAUUGCAUUUUGGCGUCUUCUCCGUUUAAGGUGCAGCCUCAACCUCGCCGGCGUUACUUCUCCGGCGUCUCCACUCUUCUCUCUCCGUUGUAGGAUAAUGGGGCGGAAAGCUGGUACACUUUUUAUCAACCCUAAGAGAUUUAGUUCACUUCAAAAACCUUGCAUGAAGGAAAUGGCAUUGUUUCUCAACUGUAUGGCUGCAAACCAUAGCGAUCUUGAAGCUUGUGCUAAGCAGAAGGAGCUAUUAAAUGCCUGUAUGGAAUCUCAGAGUAAAAAGAACAGAAAGUCUUGGGGCAGUAUCAAUUAUCAACUGCAGAGGCUUAGCCGAGGAAGGAAGUAAUUCUAAGAUUUUCAUAUGUGUAUUUGGAAAGCUUAGCCUGUUAUGCACUGCUUUGGUUGUCAAGCUAAAAUGACCGUACAGUAACUUGUAUUCUCUAUUGAAGCGUCUUGAUGACGACAUUUCUAUUUUUUGUUUAUUUAAAUAUUUUACUUAAGUUGAAAGAGAUGGUGGAAUAAUAUUGAAGAAUACCGGUGUAAUUUCUUUUCUGUAUCAAUUAAAGCUUUAACAUACUACAUAUCAUUUAUGACAGCACACUGAUAUUGGCGCUGUCCUUCACACUCUGUAUGGUGUUGGAUUAUGUUGUGUUUGAUGUUCAAUGGAUAGAUUUUACUGA